AAGCGGGUUAAAAACCUAUUUCAAUAUAUUAUUCGUUUUAGUGUCUGUCGGUUGGCGUCACUGUAACGAACUUGGAUGAUAACAUAACAAGAUAAACAAUUGUAAGAUUUAAGAUAAUACCAGUUUAAAAAAAUAAUUUAACGAGCUUAACGAGAAGUUUUUGUUAUGAUUUAUAUAGUGUGUUCAUUAAACUAUUAAUUUAAUUAAAAAUAUAACAUAAAAUGUAUAAAAAUAUCAGACCUCAUUAUUUCUCAAUUGAUGCCAUCAUGGCAGCUCAAGAGAAAAUACCUUGUAGGUUCACCAAAAAAAUAGAAUCUAUUGGUUUUCUUGAUUUUAGUUUACCAGAAAAAGAAGAUGAAGAUUCUGAUCCUAAAGUUGAACUUCCGUUAUGGAUGGUUAAAGUAUUUUUAGCAGAAAAAUCAAUUCAGUUUGACAUGCCAAAAGCGUACAAUGAAAUUUACAGAGGAGUAUUGAUAGCUGAUCCAAACGUAGUUGAUCUAUUUAAAUUAUGCAAACAUUUCUAUUUAUUUGGAAAAUUUCUGUCACAACUAGAACAUCGUGAAGCUUAUGAAGUGCGGCAAGUUCUGAUACGGACAUUUGUAAAUCGAUUUAAACAAACCAUGGACUGGGCACAAAACAUUGAAGACAAUCAGCCGUGUUUUAACAGGCUCGACUGUAUAGAACGUAAGAUAUUCGACGAUGCUCGUGUUGCUCAGCAACAAUUAAAUACGUACUUACUAGAAGGAUCAGGACAGAUGGAAAUUGCAUCAAUGAUACUGAAUUAUAAAAAGCGUAAAAUGCACGAAAAACGUGUUGCCGAUUAAAAUUAAUUUAGAUAAAUUUAUAUAUUUUUUCUUGUAUAAAUGUGAUUAUAAAAUAGUUAAGUAAUAUAAUAUGUUUUGUAUAUUAUUGAUGUAUUUAAUCGUUUUAAAUAUAAUUUUGUCUAAGAGGUCAUAUGAUAAUUAAAAUUAAUAAAAUUUCG